UUGGUCUUGAGUGACUUUCCGCUUUUCGGUGUCUUUUCAGCUUAAAAUGUAAAGAAAAUGUAAAGAAACAGAGCAUAGAAGAAGAGAAAGUCCAAAAACAAGAGAGCUCAGAGAGGAUAGUCCCUUCACAUUCUUCAUUUCCUUUCUUCUUCUUGGAAAAAUGAACGCCGUCGAUUUCGUUAACUUCAGAGCUACCGUAUUGGUGGGUUACAAUGUAUGAAACUGUUAAAAAAACAAAAUUGCAGGUUUCGUUUCUGCUAAUCAGUGGGCGAGAUUUGAAAGAAGAAACGAAAUUUUGAGUUUUGGUUCUGCCACUGGAGAUAGAGACAUCUGUGGAAGUUUAAUUUGGAAUAUCUGAGGGCAAAUGAAGCCUGAAAAAUGGCACGGAAGUGUGUUUUUGCUCAUAGCCUUCAUGUUUUAUGAUGUGUCAGGUGCAUUCAUAGGGAUAAACAUUGGCACGGAUGUAACCGGUUUGCCAUCUGCUGUGGAUGUGGUGUCAACCCUUAAAGCUCAUCAAGUUACUCAUAUCCGUCUCUAUGAUGCAGACCGUGGCAUGCUGAAUGCCCUUGCAGGCUCUGGCAUUGAAGUCAUGGUGGGAGUCACUAAUCAGGAGGUGCUAGGGAUUGGGGAAUCACCAUCAGUUGCAGCAGCCUGGGUCAAUAAGAAUGUUGCCGCUUACGUGCCACAAACCAAUAUCACAGCCAUUGCUGUUGGCAGCGAGGUGCUGACUUCAAUACCCAAUGCUUCUCCCAUACUGGUUCCAGCCAUGAACUACCUUCAUAAUGCCCUAGUGGCUUCAAAUCUCAGUUCCCAUGUCAAAGUUUCGAGCCCACAGUCCAUGGACAUUAUUCCUAGGCCUUUCCCACCCUCCACUGCGACCUUCAAUUCCACAUGGAAUUCCACAAUGUACAAGAUCCUCCAGUUUUUGAAGAACACAGGGUCCUUUUUUAUGUUAAAUGCCUACCCUUAUUAUGGUUACACAAAAGGAAAUGGCAUCUUUCCUAUUGAUUAUGCUCUGUUUAGGCCACUUCCUCGAACCAAACAGAUUGUUGACCCCAAUACUCUUUUCCUUUAUAACAGCAUGUUUGACUCCAUGGUUGAUGCCACCUAUUACUCUAUGGAUGCACUAAAUUUUUCUGGUAUUCCUGUGAUAGUGACAGAAUCAGGCUGGCCAUGGCUAGGUGGAGUCACUGAACCUGAUGCAACUCUUGAUAAUGCUGAGACAUACAACAACAACUUGAUCCGCCGAGUGCUCAACAAUUCAGGCCCUCCUAGCCAGCCAACUAUUCCUAUCAGCACAUACAUUUAUGAGAUGUUCAACGAAGACAAACGGCCAGGGCCCACAUCUGAGAAAAAUUGGGGCAUCAUUUUUCCGAAUGGGACGUCAGUAUAUCCUUUAAGUCUGAGUUCAUCUCAACUUACUGGGAACUCUUCAGGUGUUGGGGCAUUCUGUGUGGCAAAACAAGAUGCAGAUUCUGCUGCAUUGCAGGCUGGUUUGAACUGGGCUUGUGGGCAAGGACAGUCUAAUUGCAGUGUAAUUCAGGCAGGGCAACCAUGCUAUAAUCCUGACACACUCCAAAACCAUGCCUCUUAUGCUUACAAUGAUUAUUUUCACAAAAUGCGUAGUGCUGGUGGGACCUGCGAUUUUGGUGGUACAGCCAUUGUUACCAAUGUUGAUCCCAGCCAUGGUUCAUGCAUUUUUUCUGGAAGUUCUAGUUCAAACACAAGUGUAGUAACAACUCCGGCUGCAUUUGGACCCAUGCCCACGAUCGACGUGGGUUCAACUUCAAUCCUGCAAGCUUCCAAGAUUGUGUAUCUGAUCCUGGCUAUUAUUCUUGCUCUGGUCUGAUUCCAGGGAGCACAAAUGUCCAAUUUUCGCCCUGGCUUUGAUCAGGUAUAAAACUUACUGUGGAGGUAGCAAAUGUUGUAAAGAGUUAAGAGAGAUGUAGAUGUAGUGUACUUGCCCCCAAGGAACACUCAACCGUGGUUGAAUACUCAUUCUUUUUGUUGUUAAUUCUUCUGUUGAUCAUUUUUGUUUUCCUUUCCAGUUGUCUUUUCACCUUUUGGAUUUCGACUGUAUAAUCCUUGGAAUUGAUUCAGUAGACCUUGCCAUGAAUGGAAAUUUAAACAAUCUCUUGCUUUA